AUGGCUCGCAAGAAGGUGAACCUGCAGCGCAUCCUCAACGACGCGACCCGGCGCGCCACGUUCAGGAAGCGGCGCCAGGGCUUGAUGAAGAAGGCGAGGGAGCUGGCGACGCUGUGCGACGUGGACGCCUGCGUCGUCGUGUACGGCGAGGGCGAGACCCGGCCGCAUGUGUGGCCCGACGUGGCCACGGCGGCGCAGGUGCUGGCCCGGUUCAAGGCCAUGCCUGAGCUGGACCAGUACAAGAAGACCAUGGACAUGGAGGGACUCCUGGCGCAGCGCAUCGACAAGCAACAGGAGCAGCUCCACAAGGCGCGGCGCGAGAACCACGAGCGCGAGACCACGCUCCUCCUCCACGACGCCAUCGUGGGGCGCUGCCCGGGCCUCGCGGGCGUCUCCGUCGAGAACGUCGCCGGCCUCGGCUGGAUGGUGGAGAACCGCCUCGUCGUCGUCAACCAAUCCCUCGAGCGCCGCCGCCACCAGGCCCAGGCCGCCGCUGGCGCUGGGAAGCAGCAGGUCCAGGGUCAGCCGCCACUACAGGACAAGGACGACGUCGUCGUCGCCACCGCGCCGACGACCCUGCAGCUGCAGAUGCCGCCUCAGCAGGUGAGCCUGCUGCAGCCGCUGGUGCCCGCCUACAGCAUCUCCGGCGGCGGUCCCGCCGGACAGGCGGACGUUGUUCAUCAGGCGCCGCCGCUGAACCCGAGCCCGGACCCGGAGCCGCAGCCCAGCUGGCUGAUGGAACUGGCCAGUGCCGGGGACCUCGGCGCGCUCGUCUACAGCGGCUUCAGCGGUGGCCGUGGGAUGAGCUUCGGAGGCGCCGGCGGCGCCAGCACCAGCACCAGCACCAGCACCAGCGCCAGCGCUGGGGCGGCAGACAUGCUGCCGCCUCAUCUGGGCAAUUUUGGCGCCGGAUUUGGGUGGCCUGAUGCUCCUGGCCCUUCUUCUUUCCCUCCGAUGUAA